AUGGAAUCGGGCAAUGGAACACAACUGUCAGAAUUCCUUCUUCUGGGAUUCUCAGAGGACCCAGCACUGCAGUCCCUCAUACUUGGUCUUUUCCUGUCCACGUACCUGGUCACUGUGGCUGGGAACCUGCUCAUCGUCCUGGCCAUCCUCUCAGAUCCCCACCUCCACACGCCCAUGUACUUCUUCCUCUCCAACCUGUCCUUGGUGGAUGUCUGCUUCACCUCCACCACCAUCCCCAAGAUGCUGGUGAACAUCCAGACACAGAGCCAAGCCAUCAGCUAUGCAGGCUGUAUCACCCAGAUAUAUUUCUUCCUGCUUUUUGUAGAGUUGGACAACUUCCUCCUGACCAUGAUGGCCUAUGACCGGUUUGUGGCCAUCUGUCACCCCCUGCACUACACAGUCACCAUGAGCCCCCGGCUUUGUGUGCAGCUGGUCCUGGUGUCCUGGGUCAUCAGUGUCCUGCAUGCCUUGUUGCAAAGCCUAAUGGUGCUGCGGCUGUCCUUCUGUGCAAACCUAGAAAUCCCCCACUUCUUCUGUGAGCUGAACCAGGUGGCCCAACUUGCCUGUUCUGAUACUUUCCUUAAUGACAUGGUCAUGUAUAUUACACUUAUACUGCUGGCUGCAGGACCCCUGGCUGGGAUCUUUUACUCCUACUCCAAGAUUGUCUCCUCCAUCCGUGCAAUCUCCUCAGCUCAGGGGAAGUAUAGAGCAUUCUCCACCUGUGCCUCUCACCUCUCUGUUGUCUCCUUAUUCUAUUGCACAGGUCUAGGAGUUUACCUUAGCUCUGCUGUAACCCAUGACUCACGCUCAACUGCAACAGCCUCGGUGAUGUACACCGUGGUCACCCCCAUGCUGAACCCCUUCAUCUACAGUCUGAGGAACACAGAUGUAAAGAGGGCUCUGAAAAGACUCUUUGCAGGGAAACUGUAA